AUGGAGACGGUGGGAAAGUUUGAGUUCAGCAGGAAGGACCUGAUCGGGCACGGAGCCUUCGCCGUCGUCUUCAAAGGCAGGCAUAAAGAGAAACCUGAGCUGGAAGUAGCUGUGAAAUGCAUUAACAAGAAGAACCUAGCAAAAUCUCAAACUCUACUGGGCAAGGAAAUAAAAAUACUGAAGGAACUGAAACAUGAAAACAUCGUUGCCUUGUAUGAUUUCCAGGAACUGGCAAACUCUGUCUACUUGGUUAUGGAGUACUGUAAUGGUGGUGACCUGGCAGACUAUCUUCACACCAUGCGGACACUCAGUGAAGACACCAUCAGGCUCUUCCUCCAGCAGAUAGCAGGUGCCAUGAAAAUGCUGCACAGCAAAGGCAUCAUCCAUCGGGACCUGAAGCCACAGAAUAUUCUCCUUUCCUACGCUGGAGGCAGGAAAUCAAAUCCCAACAGCAUUCGCAUCAAGAUUGCUGACUUUGGGUUUGCCCGGUACCUGCAGAACAACAUGAUGGCAGCAACCCUGUGUGGUUCACCAAUGUACAUGGCACCAGAAGUCAUUAUGUCUCAACACUACGAUGCCAAAGCUGACCUCUGGAGUAUAGGAACCAUCAUUUAUCAGUGUCUAACAGGCAAAGCUCCUUUUCAGGCCAGCAGCCCACAGGAUCUUCGCCUCUUCUAUGAGAAAAACAAGAUGCUGAUGCCCAACAUCCCCAGGGAGACCUCGAGCCACCUGAGGCAGCUGCUGCUGGGCCUUCUGCAGCGCAACCAUAAGGACCGCAUGGACUUUGAUGAAUUUUUCCAUCACCCGUUCUUGGAUGCAAGUGCCUCUAUGAAAAAAUCUGCUUCUGUGCCAAUGCCUUCUUAUCCCAGUUCAGGCUCUGGUAGCUCCUCCAGCAGCUCCUCUACUUCCCACCUGGCAUCACCUCCUUCCCUUGGAGAGAUGCAGCAGCAGCUGCAGGAGAAGACACUGGCAUCUCCUACCCAGGAUUCUCCUGGCUUUCUGCAUGGAUCUAAGGACUCUGCUGGAAGCAGCAGUAAGAAUUCAUCUUGUGACACCGAUGACUUCGUUAUGGUCCCAGCACAGUUCCCAAGUGAUUUAACUGCUGAAGCUGCAGGAGGGAAACCCAUCCAAGACAGCCUGAUGUACAGCGGGAGUUCUUUGGUGACUUCAGCAGGCUUGGAAAGUCAGGGAAGGACAUCAUCUCCUUCACCCCCAUACAGCAGCUCUCCUAGCCCAUCCAGCCGGCCAGGGCAGUUUUCCAGCAGCAAGUACGGAUACUCCGUGCCCAUUCCGGUCCCGACGCAGAUCCACAACUACCGGCGGAUCGAGCAGAACCUGCAGUCUCCCAAUCAGUGCAGCUCCCCGCGGUCUGGUACGGUCAGGAGGUCUAGCAGUACAAGUCCUCUUGGUUUUCCUAAAACUGGUGCUUCCCCUCCUUACCCUGGAGAGCAUGGAUCUGUGCCCAGCUCUAGAAAGCUCUCCUAUGGUGGUGCCAAGCCGUUCAUGCCAUCACCACAAGUUGGAACAAUCCCAGAGCAGCCCAGCCAGAAUGUUGUCCCAUCUUCUCUUGGAGCAGAAGUGAGAAGCCGGAUACCUGUCACGGGUUCCUCAGCACCUGAACAGUCUCCUCGAGGGAUGGGCUCCCGGCUCCACAGUGCUCCCAACCUGUCGGAUUUGCAUUCCUGCAGGCAGAAGAUAACCAAACAGCAUUCUGAUCCUCUUGUUGCUCACUUUGGUCACAGCUCAGCCAGCCAGCCUCUGCAGAUUCAUGGCUUGCAGCACUGCCGGCAGCUCAGAUCCUCACCAAAGCUGUCUGAGUUCAUGCAGAGAAGCCCUUUGCCAACUAUCAUGGGCUCCCCUACAAAGGCCGUGUCCCCAUUUGAGUUUCCCAAAACCCCAGGUUCCCAGAAUCUCCUCACCCUCUUGGCCCAUCAGGGGGUUAUGAUGACUCCGACACGGAACAAGACCUUGCCAGAUCUGAAGGAGAUGGGGCAUUUCCACUGCCAGCAAACUGGCUUGGGAUUGAGGCCAGUGGAAGAGAUCAAGGGCAGAUCUCUGAGCACAGGCAGGCUCACUGACCUGCUCUUGAAGGCAGCCUUUGGGGCACAGAUCUCAGAAGCCGGCAGCAGCGACAGCCUGAACAACGAGAAGCCGAUGGAGAUUGCAGCUCCCUCAGGUGCUUACGGAGGGACCCUGCACUCUGGUGCCCGGGCUGGGGGCUCUGCCAGCCCGACCCCAGUGAUUUUCACUGUCGGAUCCCCUCCCAGUGGAACAACCCCCCCACAGACCACGAGGACCAGGAUGUUUUCAGUGGGGUCUUCCAGCUCUCUCAGUUCUGGAGGCUCAUUCACCGGCAGGCACUUGGCAGUGGGAACUGGUGGGGAUGCCGUGGAAGGGCCCUCAAGUCUCCGGUACACUUUUGCUGAUGCCAUCACUGCCAACCUGGAAGGUGCUGUCACGUUUGAGGCCCCAGAGCUGCCCGAGGAGACGCUGAUGGAGCAAGAGCACACUGACAUCCUGCGCAGCCUCCGCUUCACCCUGGCCUUUGUCCACUACGUGAUGGAAAUCGCCGCCCUGAAGGGCAGCUCCAGCGAGAUGAGCAGCUCGGUGACAGCUGAGUACCAGCUGCAGGAGAGUGUGGUGGCUGACCAGAUCAGCCUCCUCAGCAGGGAGUGGAGCUACGCAGAGCAGCUCGUGCUGUACUUGAAGGUAGCAGAGCUUCUGUCCUCGGGGCUGCAGAUGGCCAUAGAGCAGAUCAAAGCUGGCAAGCUGUGCCUCUCCUCCACCGUCAAGCAAGUUGUGAAGAAGCUGAAUGAGCUUUAUAAAUCCAGUGUAUCAUCCUGCCACUGCCUCAACAUGAGACUCCAGAGGUUCUUCUUGGACAAGCAGAAACUCAUGGAUCGGAUCAACAGCAUCACGGCAGAGAAGCUCAUCUUCAGCUAUGCUGUGCAAAUGGUUCAGUCUGCAGCCCUGGAUGAGAUGUUCCACCACAGAGAGGACUGUGCACAGAGGUACCACAAGGCUCUGCUGCUGAUGGAGGGGCUGCUGAACAUCAUCACUGAACAGGGAGACAUAGAAAACAUCAAUAAAUGUAAACUGUGCAUCGAGCGCAGGCUGUCGGCUCUGCUGUCAGGGUUCUGUGCCUGAUUUCAGUGGUGUUCUUCACGUGUCCCUCCAGCUCAUCACUUGCUUUCCCAUGGCCUGCUGCUGCUGUGCUGGGAAACCAUUUUGGUAGUAGGAGACCUGGAGGACGAACUGCUCCAUGUUUUGUACUUUGACCUUUUGGGAAGCCGUUCCGCAGACUGGGAUUCCUUGGCGGGGAUGUGACACUGCAGCAAGCACAGAUGCUCCCCGGCCCAAAGGCCCGGGCAAAGAUGUCACCCAUGUGGAAAGGUUUCCCUCCCUGGCAGAGGGGAGGAAGGAUAGAAGUCUGCUUCUUCCCAGCACUUUGAAGGAUAAGACUGCUGCCUGUCCCUCUUGCUUAAGAACAGGGUAUUCCAGUGCUGUGUCCAUUGCAGGCAAUGGAUGUGCAGAAACUGCUGGCUUCAGUUAACGUUGGAGGGUGUCAUUCAGAAUUCAAGGCCAGUUUGUGUUCUUUCUCCUGUCCCAGCUGAGAGCCAGGCAUCUGCAAGCUUCCUGGUGCCCUGAAGCUCCCCUCCUUCCUCUCCUUCAUCCCUCUUCAGACGCGUUUAUGCCUUGGAGUGCUUACUGAAUGGCAGAGAGGAGGGAGUCGGCUCCCUUUUGCCUGAGCGUUGCUGAAG